AUGUCUGAUUGGAAUACGAUGGAAGCAGCAAUUGCAUCUCAUAAUUUCGAUAAUGUUGAAAAAUUAAUUACUGAAUACCAUUUACGAAUUACUUCCCUACCAUGUACAACUUAUUAUAAUCUUUAUGCAUAUGCAUUCUUUUUAGAUGAUGCUAAUUCAUACGACUUAUCUUUAACCAUUUUUAAAUCUCAAUUAUUUCAUAUUCCAUCUCUUUGUGAAUAUUUGAUUAAGAAUGGCGUAGAUAUUAAUUUAAAUUUAUUUGGUGGUUAUACAGCGCUUCAUUAUGCAGUUGAUUCAAAUCAAACAGGUAUUGCAUCAACUUUGCUUUUAAAUGGAUUUGAUUGUUCUGUCUUAAAUGGAUCUGAACUUAGUUUGGUUAUUUCCAAUGACAAUUCUGCUAUGUUGGAGUUACUUGCUUCACAUGGGUCAAAUGUCAACUACAAAUAUGAAGAGAGUCAAUUUACAAUCCUUCAUCAUGCAUGCUUAAAAAAUAAAAUCGAAGCAGCAAAUAUUCUAAUUUCACACGGUGCAAAUAUAAAUGAUAAUAAUAACAGGCAAAAAUUAACUCCUCUUAUGAUUGGAUUAAUAUUAAAUCAUAGGGACAUUAUUAAACUUCUGAUUUCACGUGGGGCUGACAUCAACAUGCAGAAAUCUGGAGGAUUUUCUGCCAUUCAUCUUACAAUAUUAUUUUGCAAACUCUAUUAUCUUUAUUACAAAUCUUGUGUUCUUAGAAUAAAAUGUAACAAUAUAUUGAGGCCGAAUGCCAAUAAAUGUUAA